CUCUCUCCUCUCUCUCUCUCUCUCUCUCUCUGAAACCCUAAAAUGGUAGGGUUUCGCUUGCGUUCUCGACCGAAUUUGAUCUAAUACGCUUCGACUCCUCUAUCCGAUUUCAUCCGUUCAGCUCCUUUGCCAAAUGAUCUCUCCUACGUCGCACUUCUCUCGGUCGGCCGCGACGGACUGUAGCUAGCUCCAGAAGGAUCCUUUCAGCUGAUAUUCACCUGAAAAUAAAAAGAGGGUGUGCUAUCAUUGUCAGACGGAGAUAUUAUUCUGUUAGGUUUUUGAGAUGGAAACUGUUAUAGAGGAGUGCAAUUGCGAAAGAAGUGAGCCUGUUCCGCUUUCUAUGUCUAGUCGGUCGCUUAUUGAAUCAAGAUCUAUUGAGAUUCGUGGUGCUGAUGACAAGCAAGAGGCAGGCAAAUGUUCACAUUUUUCUAUUCGCGGAUAUGUUGCUGAGAUCCGUAAAAGGGAUUGGAAGGUUUCUUGGCCAUUUUCUACACCUGAUGACUCGGAUGAGCAUGCAAACUGGUUGCCUCCUCUACACGUAAAUGAAUUCAGAUGGUGGCGUUGCCAAAACUGCCUGCGAACGACUGGUGCUACCUGCACUGCUAGAGAACUUGGAGCAGUCGUGAAUUAUCUUAGCAAUCAAGUCGGAGUUGACAGCAUUUGUUUUCAAGAGAAUGCUGUCACUGCUUCUCAUGAUGGUGCACUGAUGCCGUUGUCUGGUUUUCAACAACUAUCUGAAAUCAACAUUUCUGAAGGAAGAAAAGUUAACGAGGAUACGUGUAUUAAUGCGAGUAGUGGUGAAUCUCGCCAGCUAAUAUGUAGUGAUGGGAAAGUAAAGGAAAGGAUCACUUUGCAUCCGCUGGGAGAAGAUAUCCAAGCAUCUAGCAAUGGUAGUGGCAGUGGUGAAGAAAAUGUGAACCAGAUAACUCAACAAACAGCUUGUGGUAGAACAAUAUUCAAACCAUGUCAUGAAGGAGAAAGGACAACAACACAGACAAGUAAAUCUUCAGUUGAUUUUAAAAAAGACAAUCUUCAGCAUAACAUAAUAUCACAUGUUAAGCCGGUUUUUCAUGAUAUUAAUACUUCAGAUGCAAUUACUGUCGAAGUGAAAGGAAAUGAGUUGAGUGGGUGCAGUAAAAAAGGCUUCGCAAGGGGUGAAGUUUCUGAUGCUGGGCUUGAUAUUGAGAUCCCUUUAUUCACGGGUAGUGGUGGCACUGGAUCUAGUCACAAGGAUGAUCUAGGGCUUAGCAGGAGCAAUUUAGUCAAGAUGAAGGAACAACAUCAGAAAGUAAUGGAAUGUUUUGGGUUUCCCAAGGAAGUAGAAAUUGGUACUCAAAAUGACGGAUCUGUAAAUGCUGUCGAGGGUCCUAGAAGUGAGCUCAAUUCCAUGGCAUUAGACGAGAGUGACUAUGAAAUUUCCAAAGAUAAUGAGAAUACGAUCACCAGCGAAACUCAUGAUCAACACAGUGAGAGUCAACUUGGUACUUCAAAUGAAGUUUUACAAAGGAUAAAAUCUCGGAAGGUGCGCUUGUUAACUGAUAUCAUAAAAAGUGAGGUGUCAGUCGUAUCUGGAAAAAACCGUAGUUCCAACAGGGAUAAGGAAGCAACUCACACUGACACAGCAGCUGGCCAAUCUAAAACAGCACCAGAUGCAUCCAAAGAUGUAGAUCUACAUCCUGGUCUUGGAAAUCAUAUGUCUAUCCGAGAAAAUGAUUUGAAGACUAUCGUAGGUAAGAAGCGAACCAAGACGCAUCGAGUUGAAGGUAAGAGGACUUCCCUGAUGACUUGGCUAAAGGAUGUGGCUGGAAAAGUUAAGGUUCAUAAAGGAUAUGCUGAAAAGAAACACAACAACAGUGCAAUUGUUAAUUCUAAAUCAACACCAGAUGCAUCUACAAGGAUUGGUCUGCAUUCUGAUCUUGAAAGUUCCAUGUCUUCACCAAGAAAAGACGCAAAGGUUAUUUUGGGUAAGAAGCAAAAGAAGAAGACCCAAGUUGGAGAUGGGCAGUCUUUAAUGACUUGGAAAAAUGGGGUGUCUCGGAAAAUUAAGAAAAUUACUGAAAAUGUGGAGACCGAGCACAUUGGCGCAGAAAUUCGUGAUUCUAAAUCAGAACAGGAUGCUGUUUUUGGCAGAGGUCCCCAUCAAGGUGGUCUCAAAGGUCAUGGUCCUGCCUUUAGAAAGGCUAUUAUGAAUAAGAAGCGAAAUAAGAGCCCUCGAGUUGAAGAUGGGAAACCUUCCCUAAAACGCCGGCCAAAGGAUUCCUCUGUUGCACCCAAUUACAAGACCAUUCCUGAUUUGGCAAGGCAUAAGAAAGCUUCAAAGAAACAGGAUGCUCGAAGAACAAACAAGAUGCCUGAACAAGAAACCUUAGACGACAUCCCAAUGGAUAUUGUCGAACUCAUGGCGAAAAAUCAGCAUGAAAGAUGUCUGUUAAAUGCCGAAGAUGCUGCUGAGAGCAGGUAUAAAAUGUCAGAAGCAACCGCAGGCAUGAAGGGCAGUGCCAAUGCAAUGGAUUCUAUUGAAGUACUUGGGAAAGAGGUACAGAACUUGCUUCAUGAGAAAACUUAUUCCAUACAAAAACCUCCGCCUAAUAAUGCUGGUGGUGGCAUGUGUAUUACUCGCACGAAUGGGCACCCUCCUGAUAUCACUGGAAAUUACAGCAGUGGCCAUUUGAAUUUCAACCAAGUGGAACAAUCUCAUGCCUCUACAAAAUUUUCAGCAGUUUCACAUUUUCAAGAAAAGCCUUCAAGCGGAGUUCAUUUUCCGGUUUCUGAUUCUGGUAGAAAUGCUGAUAAAUGGUCUCUUGCUUGUAUGCAAUUCUUAGAAGCAUGCCAUUCUAAUCAAAACAUUUCCCAAGAGAAUAUAUGCAGACCAGCACAUUACAGUGGGUCCCAUGGCAGUGGAUCCUUGAUACCAUCAAAGACCAUGCCUUUUGAUAUUAAUGUUGCUCCCAAGGUUGAUGAAUUGUACGAUGCAGACAUGUUUUCUAAUGCUCCAGAUCUGUUGCCUAGAAGAACUAAGAAUGCAAAUGGCCAUGCGGAUCGUGGCCUGACACCCAUGAACACAGAUCUUGCUCCCCAUCUACAAAAGCGGAAAGGGAAGGUUGUCUCGGACAUGAACAAGGGCGCUCUUCCGGCACAUGCAUUAUCUUGCACAGAGAAAGGAAAUGAGUAUCGUCCAACGAUGAUGGGACCAGUGGAUUUAUACACAAAUGAUGCCAUUCCAGCAAUGCAUUUGCUGAGGCUAAUGGAUCAAGGGGCUUGCUCAAGUACCCCUAUCGAUAUAUCUACGGAUGGAAAGCAAGACACGUUCCUUAAGCAGCAUCAGUUUCCACAAAAUCGCUACCACAACUUCCUUGGUCUGGAGGAUGGAACGUUUGAAGCCACUGAGCCAUUUGAAUUCUUCAAUCAAAAUCACCAGCUGGGAAAUUCAAGCAAGCUUUUCUCCCCACUUCUGAAGUCGGGGGCAUUUGGGCCUUCUGUGCAGGAUGUUGCACAGAAGCCGAAGGAUUAUGGAAGACCCUUUGGGUUUACAGGUGAGUUUUCUGGUAAAGAAAUUUAUUCUUCUCCCAAAACUCAUGGGAAAGAGAAAACAAAAAGCACUCGCACACCAACACAAACUAGAGGCCGCCCGAGAUCGCAUGGGUCUGUUUUGCAAGAUGGGAAUUUGGGUAAAGGUCGUAAGUCUGUUACAGUCCAUCGCACGAAGAAAAGAUUGCUGUCUGCUGCAGAUUCUACACUGCAAUCCAAGAACACUCUGAUAAAUGGACCACUGAUGGCGCAUGUUGGAGUGAUGGCUAACAAGAAGCAUGAAAUAGCUUUAGCUGUGGAAAACAUGAGUACAACUGGGAUCUGUUCUGUUAACAGAAACCCUGCUGAAUUUAGCAUUCCGGGAGUGGACAAUAUGUAUAUGAUUGGAAGUGAAGAUCUAAGGUCUAUGAGUAUGAUUCCACCCAAGGAUGUAUUGCGCCUAACAAAUCCUGAUGGGCAUAAGCGGCGGAGGAUGAUGAAGCUGACUGCUAUACAAGGACGCUGAACUGUUGGCGAUAUGGGGGGCCAUUCUUGGAUCAAAAUGUGAUGGGCCAGCGUCGGCAGGAGUCAUCAAUGAGGUUGUGCUCAACUCGUUUAAAGAAGAGUUACCUCAUAUGCUCUGGCAUGCUGUGAGUUUGAAGCUGUGGAAUACAAAGCUGACCACAUACAAGGACUUCAGAAGCCAGUCUGGUGAAAGUAAAUGGCCACAAUGCCAUUGUCUUGCUUGAGGCUUUUCCCUGAUCUGUCGUGGUGCAGUCCAUUACGAAUUUCAAAUAUGUAGCUCUGCAUGUUCUCCCCUCAGCAACCGGGUCUUGAUGUCACUUACUGGAAGUGACAAGAAGUGGGAGAUAGAGCAGAUGAAGAAAGGUCAGCAAAAAGUAGAUGGUAAGCUAUAUUAAAACUCAUGUGAAUUAGUAAAUACAUAGAUAAUUUCUCUGAAAUACAUGCAAGUUGAAAAUAAGUUUUAUGUUGAAUGUCAGAUUGUGGAAAUAAAUAGAACUGUUGAAAUAUAUUCGUUCGUGAUAUUUGUCACCAUGGGAGUACAACAAUGUCGGCUGUGAUUUGAAGUGAAGCUAUCAAAUGAAUGUCUUUCUGCUGUUU